AUGGCAGCCACCACAGUGACCGACACAGGAGGUGUGAGGAUCAUCACUGAGGUCAUCUCAGCCACAGACCCCCGAGCAGCCCAGCUGACUGCUGGCUCCACAACAUCCCCACCCACUGCCUCAUCAUUCCGAGUCAGAGGCUUCAGAAGGGCUCAGCCCAAGAUGUUGGGGACCAUCCACAUCUUCACUGGCAUCAUCCACAUCUGCUUUGGGAUCAUCCUGACAGCUUCAGAGCACGAGGCCCCCUCCCUGCCCGUGGCCAGUGGGAUCCUCUUCUGGCUCGGGGUCUUGCUCCUGCUCUCUGGCUCUCUGCUGGUGGAGAGUGACAAAAGGGAGAACAUCCUGCUGGUGAAGACCUGCUGCGUGGUGAACGUGGGGGUCAUCCUGAGCACGCUGGUGGCCACGCUGAUCCACACCACGGCCAUCGCCCGCGACACCCCCGGCUGCGAGGCCACCACGCCCCACGGCAUGAAGCCUGAGUGGUGCUUCAACCCUAAGAACAAGAAGCUGAGCAAUGGGCUGGACUCCAUCUUGGUCAUCUUCAACCUGCUGGAGUUCUGCGUGGCGGUGGCAGCCGUGACCUUCGGCUACGACGCCAUCAAGCAGCAGAACUACACCCGCAUGACGCUGUAGCCACGGCUGAGCCCGCGGCUGUCUGCCAAGAAGCGCUGCAAGCCGCAGCCCCACCGCCACCGAGCCGCUGCAGCCCCUGCAAGCCCUCCCCGGAGCUGGCCGCAGCCUCAGAUGCCUCCGCAGCCCCGCUCCGCGCCCCGGGGUGCUGCCUGCUGCCCUUCCUGGCUUUGGACGCCAAUAAAGGCCUCUCCCCAA